AUGGCAGCAGCUUCAAUCUUGAGAGCUUGUAUUGGCAUCGUCUUCAUGGGAUGGAUUCUGAUCUGGCUUUUGAUGCCCACCCGUCGCUGGAGUGCGGAAUGGAAGCCCCGCUUGAGCAAACGCACUUACUCUACUUAUUUCGGGUCGUAUGGUACCAACUUACUGCUCUAUACCUUUCCCAUUAUGCUGGUUGCUGCUCUAGGCUGCAUCUACGCCCACCUUGUGGAUAGAAAGACCUCAGUCCAUAAGGGGAAGGGAUCAAGAAAAGCUGGAGGACGGUCAUGGUGGAGUCGCCCCAUGAUCGUGAAAGGGCCUCUUGGCACACUCAGCACAGCAGAGUUGGCAUUCACCCUCAUGUUCGUGGCUCUUCUUAUAUGGCUUUUCUCUACCUUCCUUGCUGUUGGUCUCCCCAAGACUACACUGCAAGAUGCUCGCAAUUUCAACCUCGAACUAUGGCAGUUGAAGUUGUGGAAAGUCUCUGUAUGGCUGGCAUUUGUAGGAGUACUCUGCACUGCUCUUCUCUUCAUUCCAGUGUCUAGAGGGUCAGCGAUACUCAAGGCAGCAGGUCUGUCUUUCGAGGAAAGCAUAAGAUAUCACAUAUGGCUGGGGCAUACGGCCAUGGCGGUCUUCACCAUUCAUGGAUUAUUUUAUGUUAUCAUAUGGGCUUCUAACAACGAUUUACAUGAGAUGUUGGUAUGGACGAGAGUGGGGACAUCAAAUGUGGCCGGGGAGCUUUCCUGGCUUUUUGGGCUCGGGCUGUGGGUGACUACACUGCCAUACAUCAGAAGGAAGAUGUUUGAGCUCUUCUUUUACACUCACCAACUGUAUGUGCUCUUCGUUUUCUUCUAUGUCCUCCAUGUUGGUGCCCCCCACUUCUAUAUGUUUCUCCCUGGACUCUAUCUGUUCAUGGUGGAUCGCUUCCUGCGCUUCCUGCAAUCUCGGCAGCCGGUGAGGCUCUUGUGCGCACGCGUUCUGCCAUGUCACGUGGUAGAACUAACCUUCUCAAAAAGGCUAGGCCUGCACUAUAAUCCCAUGAGCACCGUGUUCAUCAAUAUCCCCAGCAUCUCUACUCUACAGUGGCAUCCGUUCUCGGUGACAUCCGACAGUAGUUUGGAGGAAGAUGAACUGACUGUUGUUAUCAAGUCCGAAGGUAGUUGGUCGGAAGCUCUCUAUCAAAAGCUAUCGUCCAAAAAUGUUGCAGUCGAUCGACUUGAAGUUGCAGUUGAAGGACCUUAUGGUUCUCCAUCCAUUGAUUACUUGAGGCAUGAUGUUUUGGUUAUGAUCAGUGGAGGAGUUGGCAUAACUCCAUUCUUCUCUAUAAUUCGCCAUCUUCUUGCUCAGAGGACGAAAGCACCAAAGUUGCUGCUCGUUUGUGCGUUCAAGAGCUCAGCGGAACUUCACAUGCUUGAUCUCCUACUCCCUGUUUCCCCUUCUGCCACAAAAAUUUCCUCCUUGGAGCUCCAGGUGGAGGCCUACGUCACCAGGGAGAAAGAGCCUCAAACUGCUCAAACUGAGGUGCAGACCAUAUGGUUCAAACCAAGCCAAAGUGAUGCACCAGUUUCUUGGGCCGUAGGAAGUAACUGCAACUGGCUUUGGAGGGGAGCAGUCAUUUUAGCUUCCUUUUCAUUGUUUUUGGUCAUUUUUGGUGUGUUCACAAGAUUCUACACAUACCCAAUGGAAAGCAAGUCACAGUCACAAUAUCAAUACCCAACUUGGCUAAGGGCAUUUUUCAUGAUGUUCUUUAUGUUUAUGAGCGUUGUCCUUGUUAGCACUGUUGCCACGAUAUCGAUCAGGAGGAAAGAGGCCAAGGAGGGAGGGCAGAUCAAGAACUUGGAGAUGCAGACCCCAACAGGAACGCCAGGACAGUUGACGUAUAAAGCAGAGAGGGAGUUGGAGAGCUUUCCCCAUCAAUCUGUUGUGCAAAGUACUAAUGUGCAGUAUACAUAUGGUGCACGACCAGACUUUAAAAAAAUACUAGCACAGUUUCAAGGAGAAAGUGAUGUGGGUGUGAUGGUUUGCGGCCCCAAGGAAAUGAAGGAAGAUGUUGCAGGAAUUUGCUCACCUGCCAAUGCUAACAAUCUCCAUUUUCAUUGUGUCAGCUUUGACUUUUGAAGCAGUGCUAGGGAUUCCCUUUUCUUGAAAUGUAUAUGUAUAGAUUUGCAUCUACACUUGGUAAUUGUGUGCUUCUAUGUGAAC